GCAACCGUCACUAUAGCGGCAGUUUCCCCAGGCGGUUAUUUGCCCAGUCCUUUCUGUGAUGAUGGUUAUAUGCUCCACCACGGUGAAAGAGUGCCGUGCACUGCGAGCAUUGAUGGGCAGCUCGCGAGGACUCGGAGGGCCGUAGAAGAAUACGGUGCACAACUUGUUGUCUGGCCCGAAGGUUGGCUGGGACCCUUCAAGAACAUGAGCACCGCGACAGACUUCGUUGAGAGAAAGCUUGGCCCGUUCGCCAAACAACUACAGAUUUCCAUGACCGUCGGCGCAAGCACAGAAGGGUGGGGUAAUCUCGCCUUGACGAUAGGCCCUGCAGGGUUGAUAGAGAACGUCUAUGGAAAGCAGCAUCCGGUCCGUAUCAACGGUGAGAGGAGCGAGCUCGUGUUCGGUUACCCGACUAUGCCGUUGAAUCCGUGGCUGGUUGAUCAGCAUGUCAGUGCACUUUCAGCCGACAGCUAUGGUCGUCUCGGGUCGCUGAUCUGCUAUGAUAUGGACUUUCCGAGUGCAGCUCGGGAGCUUGUCUCUAGAGGCGCUACUCUUAUACUGAACCCCUCCCAGGACUGGUCAGCCAUACGUGAUCACAUCGCCACCGCCGUUUUCCGAGCCGUGGAAAACAGAGUGGCCAUUGCUAACGCCGAUGUCGGCUGGGAUUCGGCAAUCAUUGAUCCCCUCGGGAACAGGGUCGUUGGCUUCGAGAGAGCUGAAUGCACCGAGGAGGUCAUUGUCGGUACCGUGCCCCUAGGGACAGGCACAACCCUCGCGGUGUACCUUGGGGAUUUGNNNNAUCCGCUGAUCAGCACGCGUUCGAACCUCGAAGCCGAGACCUAG